CAAUGUGAUAAACAUGUGAUCUUUUCAACCACAGAUCUUGAUUCUCCUUUGUUUGCUAAAUCAAACGCAUGAAAAUGAAAACUCUCUCUUUGUAUUGAAAUUGAGUAAUGGAGAACUGGAUUUUCGUACUACUCUUUUCUCUCUGCAUAUCUUUUCUGCUCAAAUCUUUUGUAUUUUUCAUCUCUGCUAACUCCAAAUCCAAGAAAAAACUCCCACCGGGACCCUACAUUUUUCCGGUGAUCGGAAGCUUAUUAUGGUCCAACGCCAAAUUGGAACCCGCACUCCGUGUACUCAAGGCUAGGUAUGGUCCUCUCAUAACUCUCAAUAUUGGGUCUCGUCCUACUAUAUACAUAGGUAGUCACUCUUUAGCCUACCAAGCUUUAGUCCAGCAAGGCUCUAUUUUCUCCGACCGGCCAACGGCUGAAUCUAGUAACCAGUGUAUCAUCAGCUCCGCCCCUUACGGCUCAAUAUGGCGUCUUCUCCGUCGAAACUUGACUUCAGAAAUACUCCAUCAUUCUCGCUUCAAGUCCUAUUCCAAGGCCAGAUCGUGGGUGCUGGGUAUCCUCCUUCAACAGAUCCGUCACGCCCAAGUCGAUUCCGUGAAGUUAAUUGAUCAUUUUCAGUAUGCUAUGUUCUGUCUUCUUGUAUUGAUGUGUUUUGGGGAUAAACUUGAGGAACCUCAAAUCAAGCAAAUUCAAAAUAUGCAAAAUAACUUGGUCCUGGGUUUCCGACGAUACAGAGAUGUACUAAAAUUCUUUCCCAGAGUUGGAAAAAUAAUGUUUAGAAAUCGCUGGAAGAAACUCAUUGAACUACAACGAGAGCAAAGGAAUAUCCUCAUUCCUUUGAUUGAAGCUCGACGCAGGGCCAAAGAAGAAAAGACCGAACCCGCCGAUGAGUUAGUAGUGGCUUAUGUGGAUACGCUGUUGAAUUUGGAAUUGCCAGAGGAAAAAAGGAACCUCAAUGUUGGAGAAAUUGUAGCCCUCUGCAGUGAAUUCCUAAGCGCUGGAACUGAUACGACGUCCACUGCCUUACAGUGGAUUAUGGCCAACUUGGUCAAAAGCCCUUCCAUUCAGGAGAAACUAUACCGACAAAUUGCUAGUGUAGUGGGAGAAAAACAGAGCAAGCUGAGUACAGAUGAUGAAGAGGUGGUGAAGGAGGAAGAUUUGCAGAAAAUACCCUACUUGAAGGCAGUGAUAUUAGAAGGUCUUAGGCGUAACCCACCCGGUCACUUUGUGCUGCCACACAGAGUGACAGAGGAAGUUGAACUGAACGGCUACGUCAUUCCGAAGGAUACGACCAUCAAUUUCAUGGUUGGGGAGAUGGGUUUAGACCAAAAUGUAUGGGAAGAUCCAAUGGAGUUUAGACCAGAGAGGUUCUUAGUGGAAGGAUCCGAUAAAGUAGUUGAUUUCGAUAUUACAGGAAGUAAAGAGAUCAAGAUGAUGCCAUUCGGAGCAGGGAGGAGAAUAUGUCCUGCCUUUGCAUUGGCUAUGCUUCACUUGGAAUACUUUGUGGCUAAUUUGAUUUGGCAUUUUCAAUGGAAUCCUGUCGAAGGAGAUGAUGAUGUCGAUCUCUCGGAGAAGCAAGAAUUCGCCAGUCCACUACGAGCUCGUAUUUCCCCCAGAGUUAAGUCCCUUUGAAUUUCAUAAUUGCUUCUUUUUGUUUGCAUCUUCUCUCAGCUCUGAUGAUCAGUAAGUUGCUUUAAGAAUAAAUUAGAAAUUGUCACACAUUUUGAAAUAAAGAUCCGAUCAAGUACAAUUAUGUUAAGUAAUAUUAAAUGACCUUAUAGAUUCAGGUUGCCAAGUGUAUUAUAUAAGAAUUUAUGGUUGAAAUUAAUUUAAAUUAUAUACUCAUCUUCAUAAU